UAUUUUUAUUUUUUUGUAAUUUAUUAGGAGUAAUUUAUUUUCAAUGGAAGCGGGAACGAUCCUCCACAUCGGCAUUCAAUGGACCCCCAGGCACCCUCAUCCUCCUCUUCCUAAUUUCCCGCGCUUUGUUAGGGCUUCUUCUAUUCAACGGGGAAGUGACAAAGGACCAAAGCCAAGCCGGGAUUGGAUCGCCCAUUGGGUCUCUAAGAAGGACGAAGCAGUCCGGAGCUUGCCAAUUUACGUCGGGGGAGCGUCUUUGUUAACCGUUCUCUUUAACCGUGCCGUCUCAGGGAUUGCUCCCGUUGCCGAUGCCAGCAGUUCACAGUCUAGAGCAGAUCUAUUAACACUUGGUUUGGCUGUGACCAGUAUAUUAACUGGACUAGUAUGGUUAUCAAUCCAACCAAAAUCUAUCACUCCGGUAGACCCUCAAGGAGUGGAAUGCCAAGUAUUUUAUUCUCAACUUUCUGAAUGGGUUGUUUCUGAGAUAUUUUGGGCUUGGGAAUCUCUUUCAACCAUAACAUGCUGUAGGUCUCUAGUUAUUAUUUAUGACUGCAAAUGCAUUGUUCAAAUUGGUGCGGCAGCUAAAUCGCCUAAUGAUGGUGAACCCGUCAUUGUCGAUGCUGCAAAAUUGAUGCAGGGAUCACUUUGUAUAGGUGUUUUGAAGUCUGGAGCACAGAGAUACUUAGCCAACCUGUCCCCUUACCCUGGGAGGUCUGAGCUGCCAUUUUUGCCUUCAAAUACGCAGGCAGUGAUCUUGCAACCACUGGGUGAUAAAGGCAUUGCGAUUCUUGGUGGGGACACAAUCAGGGGUUUCACAACUUCUGACCAGGCAUGGAUUACUUUCAUUGGAGAGAAAUUGGAUGCAACACUUGCAAAAUUCAUGAGUGACAUGCCAACAGUGGUGCAAGAGUGAAUUUGAAACAAGAUUAUGAGCAUUUAUCUAUUGUUCAUAACAUUACUGCAGCCUUCAUUUAAGGUUUCCCAGGUAGUGAUGCUCCUUGGAACUGAGGGCAGAAGAUAUUAGGAUGCAGGCCCAUUCAUUCUGCCAAUUAGUAAUUCAAUUUUGCUCAGGCCUCUAAAAUAUUUCUAUUGCCUAUUUCUGACGCGUGCAUUGAAACAUUUUUGGACUUGCUUGUUGAAAAGUUCUUAUUUAAACAAAAACAAUUCCAAACCUAGUAUUUCCUUAUAACGGUUCUGUUAUAUGCCAGGAUGCUACAAAACCUGCAAUGGCAUAUUUUUUAGCUGUAGGGAAUGUGCGUGUAGGGCUGUGCAUGAAAAGUAUAUCAUGCUUAUAUUUUGUAAUAGGCUAAGCUUCCAAAUUGCUAGUUCAAUUUUCCAGCUUUAGGAAGCUCCUAGUGAACGAGUUGCAAUUAUAUGUAAUAUAUAGAGGAUGGAGUUAUUUUAUA